UUUUUCGGUAUUUUAUCUUAAUGUGAGGAAAUUUACAUGAGAGGGGGGAAAAAUGUGCCAACCAGCCCCGGUCUCCCCUACGCAUGAGCCUGCGUAUGGGCGGACCGGUCAGUCAGCUGAUGACUAAAAUACUCCUCACAAUCUCCGUCCUCAAUACAUGGAUUUCGUCGCACGAAUGAUUUUCUAGCCAAUUACGCACAAUGUGGAAAAAUUCAUACAAGUGCAGGAGGAAGACUCGUAACUUGAUGGGCUCUCACUCAGGGAUGUGUCCUCUGCGCGCACCUGGAGCCACCGGAGACAUGCAGAGGCGACUGAUUUUAGCCAGUUUUAACUCUGUUUCAUGAUACCGAGCCGCUGUGUUGCCACCUGCGAUUUAUUCCUGUGAUGGGGACAGUCACAUGGAGCUGCGGUGCCGUGAUCCUGCUGGCCAUCAUUUGCUCAUGUCGUGCCAUCACUCUGGAGUCCAUCCACUGGAGUAGCUCCAACACAAAAUUUACUCCAGGUCAGGGUUUGAUCCUCUAUCCUCAGAUAGGGGACAAGAUGGAUAUUGUGUGUCCCCGAGCAGACGCUUCCUCCGGGGGAAAGGAGGAGUUCUACCGAGUGUACCUGGUCUCCCGAAGUCAGAUGGAGAGCUGCACCAUCGACAAGAGGGACACGCCCCUGCUAAACUGUGACAAGCCUCACCGGGACGUCAAGUUCACGUUCAAGUUCCAGGAGUUCAGCCCCAACCUCUGGGGUUUGGAGUUCCUUAAGGGGAAGGACUAUUAUAUCACCUCCACAUCUACAGGCUCUCUGCAGGGUCUGGAUAACACUAAUGGAGGGGUGUGUAGAACCAAAUCCAUGAAACUGGUGUUGAGAGUCGGCCAAAGCUCUUCAGACCCACCUUCAACACUCCAGGAGUCCCCCACCAGAUUUCCACCCACACGACCGAAAUCCAAGGAGCCCUCUGCGAAAGAAAAGGAUGACAAGAGCAAAACUGACGUGGGCUCAGAAACAGGACAAACAAACCCCAGUGGCAGCGGUGGCUCUGAGCCAGGACUGCUCAUGUGGGUUGUCUCUGGCUGUGUGAUAGUCCUUCUGGUCAUCAUAAUUCUGCUGGCCCUGCUGUGGAAGUACCAUCACCGUCGCUGCCUCCCAGAUAGCCAGCAGUCUGCCUCCGUGUCCCUCAACACUUUGGCUGUGCCAAAGCGGGACAGCAUCAGCAGCGACAACAACGGCUCGGACCGCAGCGAUGUUGUCUUUCCUCUGCGGGCUUCUGACAGCAUGAUCUGUCGUCAUUAUGAGCGCGUGAGCAGUGACUACGGGCCCCCUGUGUACAUAGUUCAGGAGAUAACGCCCCAGAAUCCCACCAACAUCUACUACAAAGUCUAAUGUUUGCUGCUGUAAUGCCAGUCUUUUGCUGAUAAUCCUAAAUUUUAACUGUCGGGGACACACUCAGGCCUAACACAUUAUCAUGGCUACAGUUUGCAUUGGAUGAAGAAAAGUCACAUGUGGUUUGCUCAUCUAAGAGCUGUGUUGACUUUACAAGGACAAAUGUCAUUAAUAUGCUUGUUUGUAUCACACUAAACAAAAUUCUCCUUUCUUUCUCUUGAUUUAGUGAGGAGACAAUCAGAGAGGAACUGCAUUAGAAACAGACUCUAGUGCUUCGUCACAUCUCAUUCAUAACUUGUUUCCAGUUUUUAGUGAGAGACGUUGGAGUAAAUGCAGUAAAUGACGAUUAGUUUGUUUACAUUUUUAUUUUUCACAGAAAAAAAAGAAAAGCAACACAUUCUCGCUGCCACUGCAUGUGGCAACUUUAUAGGUACAGUAAAUGUGUAUUUUAUUUAAUUUAUUGAUACAUUUGAAAAGAUAUCACUAAACACUAA